CUCUCAUCGAGCGAGUGAGCACGAACCCUGGCUGAACACCAACUCAGCGGGCUGUCAGGGUCUCGUCAGGGUCUCGUCACCGUAAGCCCCAGAACCACCUCAACAGCCAUCCCAGUUCGCACUUGGUCCUUGGAGAGAUACAGACGGCUAACACAAAACAAGGUAGACAACAAGGUAGACUGCCUCGGGUGCCGGGUUACGGUGCUGCCAUGAUGUGAUGCCAAACAUCUCGGAGCCUUGGCCAAACUCGUUUCAUUCGGUGGUUUAAUCAGUGCCAUCUGGGCGGCGGAGGCGCAGUUGAAUAAAUGGAUGGCCAAUUCACACAAUAAUAACCAUCCGUCCGCAAAAGCCCACCCGCACGACACCACCAUCUGUUGAAGCCGCAAACGGCCACAAAAAAAAAACUCUUCUGUUUUCGUCAAUCCGGUCUGAACAAAGGCCGCAGUCCUUUGGCGUGGCAGACGCCACCGAACAAGUCACCCGGUCGCCGCAAAUGCACGACGAGACAAUGGCCGACGGCGAUGCUCAAAACCCAUCGCACCGCCUGGUGCCAGACUGUAUCCAUGUCGAGAUGCGAGGCUCCAUGGACGUCGACCCGGCACCGAAUCUACCAGAAGAACUCACCAUCAUAGCUAGGCCCAAGCCUCCCCCGUCAGAUCUUGACGACUCCUCGGAACUGUCCUCACCACCGUCGUCCCCCGAAACCCCGUGGUCGGCGGACAAGAAGGUCAUCAUCAUGUCUCCCACAAAGGCCAAGCAGAAGAGCGCCUCUCCAGAAGCCACAAAGAAGGCGCCGUCCCGCAGUCAGGAACCCGCAUCGCCCACCCCCGCCGCAGCUGGCCGCAGGAAGACGCCCAGGGCCGCCACUCCGGUCGCCAAGGUUGCUCCCGCCACCGUUGCUGCUGCUGACGAUGUCGGCUCUCCCUCGCCGGCAAAGAAGCCGCGCGCGUCCCCGGCCAAAGCCGUCAAGGUGGCGGUCAAGGCGGCGGUCAGCAAGAUCACCAAGCCGGCCCUCACGCCCGCCCAGCGCCGCAAGAAGGCGCGCUGGGAGGCGCCCUCGGUCUACACCAGCGCCCGCUCCCCGCUCGCCGACGGCAAGGUGGACCUGCGCGCCAUGCUCUGCCACCCGAGCGCCUGGGACGGCCUCUCGGCGGCGCAGCGGGCCCGGCUGCUGGCCGUGAUGCCGGCCCGGUUCGUCAAGGACGGCGGCGCGCGCCCGGACGCGCUGGCGCUGUCCAACAGCGACGACUUCCGCCACGACUGCGCCCGCUACGUCGGCAACAUCGGCGGCGGCCGCCACGACCCGGAGUGGAUCCGCCAGGCGCGCGAGGCCCACGACAGGCGCGCCGCCGGCGACUUUGACGACUACCUGCGCGCAAAGUUCAAGGAGGACUUUGAGGUCGACCCGCCCCAGGGCUUCCCCGAGGACGGGCGCAAGUCGCGGGGCGGGGAGGCUGUAGGGACGAAGUAGGGAGGGCGGUGUGGGAAAGAUGGCGUUUGCGUGGCGGUCGCAGAGGGGGGAGGGCGUUUGUAAGGGGCCGGAUUUAUGAGAGAGGGCCUACAGAACCAGGGACAGGCGACCUAAUCGCCCGAGGGAGUACCCGAUAGGUGUUUGGGGGUGUGUGUAACUCCAGGGGUGAUGGAUAGGUAUUUUACUUUUGCCAUUUUUUGUUUUUGCUUAGUUUUCAUAGGCUCCGCGGCCUGCUUUUCCUCUCGCAGCUUGUAUAGAUGAUACCCGGGUCCCCCGAAUAAAACAUGACUUUAUCCAGAAACUGAG